CGAAAAGCAACUCACACAACCCCAAUCAAAGACCAUCAAUAAGGAAACUCCCUAAAAAUCUUCCAAAGUGAUGAACUUUGAUUGAAGAAAAGGAGAUCCACAACCAAAGUUCACCUCACCAAAUAAAAAACAUCUUCCCCCCAACCUACAUUCCUUCUCAUUAAUCCUAAGAAAAUGCAAGUACAAACUCCUCAAACCAAUUCAAGUUUGGUAUUUCCUUCGCCCAUUAGAAAACCAUUUCCAAUACCCCCAUUACAUUCAUUCCAAGGCAAAGAAGAUACCAAACUUCCUCAUCUCCAAACCUCACUUAGAACCUCUUCAAACAUAAAACAACCAACCAAAGGGAAUCCCUAAUGUCUUCUCCUCCUCCCCCUCCUCCUCCAUCUCCCUCAUGCCAAGACCAAAUCCACGGCGGAGAGACCGCCCCAACCCGCUCAUAUGGCUGGUCGCCAUCAUCUGCGCCGUGCUCGCCGUCCUCGUCAUCAUCGCCGGAAUCAUCAUCUUCUCAAUCUACAUGAUCUACCAACCCAAAAUUCCUUACAUUCAUAUCACAUAUGCUCAUUUAAACAAGCUCAAUUACGAUCAAACGGGCUCGCUCGAGGUCGAGAUGGCCAUCACCAUCGCAGCAGAGAACCACAACGCCAAAGCUGAUGCAGUCUUCUCCGCCGCCGGAUUUAUCCUGAGGUUCCAUGACAUAGAGGUAGCACAGCUUCGAGCCGACGCGUUCGAUGUAGCAAAAAACAGUUCUUUGCCUCUGAAUUAUGUUGUUCAGUCCUCGGUGAUUCCACUUGAUGAGGGAGCCAUGGAUGAGAUGGACAUAGCUCUGAAGCAGGAGAAGAUUAGUUUCACUCUCAAUGGGCAAACGAGGACCAGAUGGAGGGUGGGCAUAUUUCUAUCUGUUAAGUUUUUGUUGCAUAUGCCUUGUCAGCUUCAGUUUGCUCCGUUUAAUGGGAGUAGUGUUGGAGGAGUUGGGUGCAGCUCUAAAUCACAUUGAAGGAAAUUUCAGUUCAUGUUGAAGAAAUUAUGUGGCCGCAGUGUUCGAUCUGGAUGGAUCGUCGUGAGAUUCAUAGCGGUAU